UUGGAGACAGUUAGCAAAGAGCUGCAGUGCCAGGAAUGUGUUGAUCAGCCUCUGAAGUUGCUUGAACAGAGUGGAGAACAAUCAGGCUGCAAAGAAAUAUAAAGAAAAUGAGGAAGCCUUUUAUUUAUUGGAUAUGCUUGUCUUUCACCCUCUUGACCAUCUGGGUUCACUGUGAAUCAGCUGGGAGUGUUUGCAAAAUUACAGAUAAUACAGCAGACUGUAGUCAUUUAAAGUUGACUCAGAUUCCCUCUGAUCUCCCAACCAACAUAACAGUUUUGGAUCUUUCCCAUAACCAGCUAAAAACACUUCCACCUGCAAACCUUACAAAGUAUGGACAGCUUGUUUACUUAGAUGUAGGAUUCAACACCAUCUCUAAACUGCACCAAGAACUGUGUUUGAAUUUGCCUUUGUUAAAGGUUUUGAAGCUGGGACAUAAUCAGCUGCAUAAAUUUCCUGACGAUGUUUUUAUUCACUGUGGCAAUCUGAAAGAACUUAAUUUGGGAUUCAAUAUACUGGAAAUAAAAAAUGAGCCUUUCAUCAAUCUGAAGAAAUUGAGUUUGCUCGAUGUCUCUCACAAUCAUUUAAGUACUCCCAGACUAGGCUCCCAGCAACAGCUGGAGAGUCUUCAGGAACUUGUGAUGUCUCAGAAUAAAAUUACUGAAUUGAGGAAAGAAGACCUAGACUUUCUUAGAAACUCUUCGUUAAAAAAACUGGACUUGUCAUCAAACCCCCCAAUGGAGUUUCAUCCAGGAUGUUUCCGUGCUAUCGGUAAUCUCUAUGGUCUUCUCCUUAAUAAUGUUCCAUUGGGACCUGAUCGCACAAAGAAUCUUAGUUCUGAAUUAUCAGGAACAAGAAUUCAGAAUCUUUCACUGAGCCAUGUGCAGCUUUCACAGAUUUCCAACUCAACUUUCAGUGGAAUGAAAGAAACAAACCUCACAAUUUUAGACCUAUCUAAAAAUGAUUUGUCUCGCAUUGAAAAUGGUUCUUUUGUCUAUUUUGAAAAUUUAAAGAGUUUGAAUCUAAUGAAUAAUAAUAUUAGAUAUAUAUAUUCCCAUUCCCUCUAUGGGUUGCACAAUGUAAAUUAUCUGAAUUUGGUAAACUCUAAUAUAAAAAAAAUUAAUGAUUCUGCUUUCCGGUGGUUAAAACAUUUAGAGUGCCUUAUUAUGGAUGGCAAUAAACUUCUGGAAAUUACCCCUAAUACAUUUAAAGGUUUAGAAAAUUUGAAAAAGUUGAGUUUAAGCGAGUGCAAUCUGACUGUAAUAACAGAGAAAACCUUUUCAUCUCUUGCUAAUUCUUCAUUGCAGUUUCUCAACCUAACAAAAUGUGGAAUCACUUAUAUGAAGGCUGGUGCCUUUUCUUGGUUGGGACAAUUAACAUCUCUGGAUUUAGGUUUAAAUAAUAUUAAGCAGGAUCUCACUGGCCAUGAAUUUCAAGGUCUCAGUAAUAUUGAGACACUCUAUCUUUCUUACAAUAGUCAUCUGAAUUUGACAAGUGAAUCAUUCACUUUCACUCCAAGCCUUAGAAAGCUGAGACUCAGAAAGGUUGGUUGCAGUAAUCUUGCCAUCUCUCCCUCACCAUUCCGUAAGUUAAGCAAUCUGACUAUCCUAGAUCUUGGUAACAACAACAUAGCUAAUAUGAGAGAGGAGAUAUUUGAUGGACUCCACCAGCUUGAAAUUCUGGAUUUGCAGCAUAAUAAUCUGGAUCGACUGUGGAAGCAUGCCAACCCAGAUGGCCCUGUUCUGUUCUUAAAAGGUCUUCGAAACCUGCGUUUACUUGAUUUAGAAUCCAAUGGCUUUGAUGAGAUUCCAGGAAAGGCUUUCAGUGGCUUAUCUCAAUUAAGAAGCUUGAAUUUCGGAAAAAAUAACUUUAAUUUGUUUCCAAAGUUUGUCUUCGAUGAACUGGCAUCUCUGAGCUCACUCUUCCUAGAGAAGAACCUUAUCACGGCUGUUGACGAAAAAGUGUUUGGGGGAAUUUUCACAAAUCUGAAGGAAAUAAAUAUGGAGGGCAAUCCUUUCGACUGCACUUGUGACAGCAUAGCUUGGUUUGUUAAUUGGCUCAAUGGAAGCAUAACAUAUAUCCAAGGAUUAAAUAAUUAUAUCUGCAACACCCCUUCUAAAUAUCAUGCUAACAGGAUUACACAGUUUGAUACCUCACCAUGUGAUAGUGCACCCUUUAAAUUGGUCUACAUUGUGAGCACUUCUUUGGUACUGCUCCUCAUCUUUGUAGUCCUACUCGUCCACUUUGAAGGGUGGAGAAUCAAAUUUCUCUGGAGUGUGACCGUAAACAGAGUCUUUGGCCACAGGGAAUUAGACAGGCCACUGCUACAGUUUGAUUAUGAUGCCUAUAUCAUCCAUGCCAAAAAAGACAGGAACUGGGUGUCCAAAAACUUUAUUCCUCUUGAAGAAAACAGUCAACCAGAAAUUAGGUUUUGCUUGGAAGAACGAGAUUUUGAAGCUGGGAUAUCUGAAUUCGAAGCAAUCAUCGACAGUAUAAAAAGGAGCAGGAAAAUUAUAUUUGUUGUAACUGAACAUCUCUUAAAAGAUCCAUGGUGCAAAAGGUUCAAAGUGUAUCAUGCCAUACAGCAAGCCAUUGAACAAAGUCGGGAUUCCAUCAUUCUAGUUUUUCGGCAUGACAUUCCUGAUUACAAAUUGAAAAACGCACUCUGCUUACGAAGAGCGAUGUUCAAAUCUCGCUGCAUCUUGGAGUGGCCAGUACAGAAAGACCGUCAUGGUGCAUUUUACCAGCAGUUAAAAUUGGCACUUAAAACUAGUAGCAGGGUACUAUGACAUUUUAAAAAGGAUCGGAGUAAAUUAUUUUGUAUGCUUGAAUUAUCAGUCAAAAUGCUACCCACAAUAUAUAAUAUGAAUGCAGGAAAAAUAUAAAUUGUUACCUAAUGAAUGUAGAACUUUCCAAAGUGUUCUAGAGGAUAGAGAUUGUAGCCUCAACAUCCCUUCUCACCACCCCAUAGGAGGAGACAGGCACUUGAAGGGGAAAUCAUUUACCCAGCCAGAUGAGAGCUCUGUUUAACGCCCUCUGCUGUGUCUUCUUCCCACAGGAGAAAAGUUGUUCUACAGCAGGCAGUCUUGAUACCUCUUGCUGGAAGAUACAGGGCUUGGAGGCAGAAAAUGUAGAUAAGGCUUGAUGCCUAGGGUAGAUAAUGGAAUGACAGUUAAAUAAUAUAUGGUGAAUUGGCUGUGUCCCUUGUGAUAGUUAAUAGGCAUAUAAAGUUAACAGGUUUAUAAUAAUGUAUCUGUAUUGUUGAAAAAAAUCUUUGUUUGUUUAAAAAAAUGUUAUGUAGUUUUUCAUUCUGAGUUUUCAGUGCUGACUCAUCUCAUUUCUUCUCCUUAUCCCUUCCCCUCCCUAUUUUACUGAGAACAGAGCUGAAAUUAAUGGAUCCAACCUCAUGUUCAUUGGUUUCAGUGGGUCUACUCUGUGUGAAACUUAGUUGUUUAUUGUUUAUUUUCUCUGGGAAACACACAUGAGUACCCCUGCCUACUCUACAUUUUGAUUCAUGCUUCAUCUAGCAAAUCACCUGGAAUAGACAAAAGGUGUGAGUGAUCAGCUCACUCAACAAAGGAGAGAUUUAUGACUGUACAGGUUAUCAAAGUGUCCGUAGGACUAAGGGGAUUCCUUCUCAAUCUCUUUGGCUUUGGCACAUACAAAAUAGGGCAACCAAAAAGAAAGAGAUAAGUUCAAUUACUUUAUCACUAUGGUCCCUUAGUAAAUCCAGUGUAAACAAAUUUGGGGGAAACAGGCAUUACCACACAGGGUCUCUUAUUUUUUUACUAAAGAAACUCAUUUUUGUAUAUUCAUUUCAAUAUAUUUUGUAUAUUUCUUUCGGUAUUAGAAGCCACAAUUUUGGGAGCAUCUAUGGACUCUCAUUAGGACAGCGUCAAGUCUAUAUAUUUUCACUAUAUUUUUCUCCUUUCUGUUCAGAUUCAGUGUUAAAUAUAUGCUAAUCAAGAAGACCUGUUUAUGACCUGAUUAAGAAGAUACAUAUUUCAAACCAUACAGUAACUACAUGCACAUAUAUUAAAAAUAUAUAAUGUUUUAUACUUACUUGAAUAAACUCCCCCAGCUUUGGUACAUAGUGACAGGUUGUAAAUAUUCUAUUUGAAUAAACUUGAUUUUUAAAAAUA